AUGUGGUUACACACAGGUAGCGUGGCGUCGGGACGGCUGUCGCAGCCACAACUCGGUCGUUGCCUCAGUCUGGUAACGCGGCGGCCGUUUGCUCCUGGAGCGCCAAGCAACAGACGGCUUCUCUGGACCAGGUUUCGAAGUUCGAGGCGACAGGAAAGGCUCGUACGAGAUCGACCCCAAGAAGAGACACCGCGAAGGCAACAUCGAAAACACGUCCACGUCUUUGCGCUUGCGGACAAAGUUGAGGCAGUUCGAGGCUGGCUUCGUUCACAGUCACUCGACGCUUUCAUUGUCCCAACUGCAGACCCGCAUCAGUCGGAGUAUCCUCCGCCACACUAUGCGCGACGCGAGUUCCUCACGAGCUUCACUGGUUCCGCCGGGACCGCCCUGGUGACCAGCAGCGACGCGGAGGCGUAUCUUUGGACGGAUGGCCGGUACUUCCUUCAGGCUGAGCGGCAGCUGCCCGAGGGCUGGCGACUCAUGAAGACGGGCACGCCAGGUACGCCAACUUUGGAAGAUUUUCUCGCCGAACGCUCCCGUGAACAUAGACGCGCUGGUCGUAUCUAUCGCGUCGGCAUCGACCCGCUUGUGCAUCACUACGCCUGGGUUUCCCGGGUGCUCGAACUCGAUAUCCAUCUUGUGCCGUUGCCGGAGGCUGUGGCUCACCCAGUCGAUCGGAUCUGGGGAGCAAAGCGCCCGUCGCUACCGACGAACCCAGUACGAGUUCAUCCACUGGAGUACGCUGGGCAAUCUACAGCGGAGAAAAUUGCCGCAAUCCGGCAAAAAAUGUCUGAAGGAGUCGACGGCGUCUUCGUGUCCAUGCUCGAUGAGGUUGCGUGGCUUUUCAACAUUCGCGGGGAGGAUAUCCCACAUUGUCCGGUUGUGCUGGCAUACGGCCUAGUACCCCGCGAGGGCGACGCACUACUGUUCGUAGACACAUCCAAACUUGAUGGGGCGAACGCUGUCGCCGUCCAGGAACAUUUGCGUGCGAACGGGGUUCAGACGCGCCCCUAUGAAGCGUGUGCAUCGUAUCUACGGGAACACUACGGCCCAGGCAAGCAGCGCCUGUGGAUGGAUCCUUCGAGUGUCUCGUUGGCUAUGCUGCUUCAUGCCGCUGGCUUGGAUGCGGAUAGCUUCGUUGCCGCUCAAGAGGAUCCAGCGAUCCUCCGACGUCGCCUUCAGGCAGUGUAUCUGCAUACCACACCGCUCUCGUUGAUGAAAGCGAUCAAGAAUGACGUGGAAUUAGCUGGGAUGCGUGCGGCACAUCUUCGUGACGGAGUCGCUCUUUGCCGGUUCUUUCACUGGCUGGAAUCAGAGGUGGAGCGGAUCAGUGAAGAUAGCUCCAAGUACAGCGCAUUGAAUGAGCACAUCAUCGCGGAGAGGCUCACCGCGUUUCGCGCCGAAGAAUCAGGAUUCCUAUUCACUUCAUUCGAUACGAUCGCGGGACUCGGUCCGAAUGGCGCCAUUAUCCACUACCGCGCGGAUCCGAAUGAAUGUCGGACCUGGGAGCCGAAUAGCGUGCUCCUGUUGGAUUCUGGCGGCCAGUACGUCGACGGUACCACGGACGUAACGCGCACUUUGUUCCUCGGCGGACAACGCACGACUUGGAAACCUGACGCGUACGUGCGGAGCUGCUACACGAGCGUGCUGCGGGGCCAUAUUGCGAUUGAUACGGCGGUGUUCCCAGAGAAUACCCCUGGUACACUGCUGGACAGCUUUGCUCGACGCUCGCUAUGGGGUCUGGGUCUGGAUUAUCGCCACGGCACGGGGCAUGGUGUCGGGGCAGCGCUGAACGUCCACGAAGGCCCGCAGAGCAUCUCUCCGAGAAUGAACGCUGCAUCGGUUGGCUUACGACCAGGCAUGAUUCUAAGUAACGAACCCGGCUACUACGAGGAUGGCGAAUUUGGUAUUCGGAUUGAGAAUCUGCUCGUGGUUCGACCAGUAGAGACGGCGCGCAGUUUUGGUGGUCAGCGGUUUCUGGGGUUUGAGCGUUUGACCAUGGUCCCGAUAUCCACCGAUUUACUAGACUUGGAUCAGAUGUCUGAUGAAGAGAUCGCCUGGCUGAAUCAUUAUCAUCGUGAAGUGUAUGAACGCAUUGCACCGUGCUUGAAGGAACGUAACGAGACCGCUGUUCUUCGGUGGCUGGAACGCGCCUGUGCACCCAUCCAACGCCAGUCGCAUGGGGAUACCCCCGCUGGUGCUACGCGCAACGAGACCGCUACUGGUGCGCCUUCCGGUGGUGGUGCACGCUCCUCGGAUUCGGUUGGACGUAAGCAAGUGCCAUUUCAGGCAAGUGCUAUCAUCCUGGCCGUAGCCUGGAGCGCGUUGAGUUUAUGGCUGCCGUUCGCCUCUGUCGACGCUGCAAUGGCUCCAAUGCCAGGUCCAGGUCGUGUUGCUGAGGCCCGUCCAGAAGCGCCAACAGCAACAAGAGCUUCUUUGCCAAAGUCUGCUUCCGCUGUUGUCAUUGCUUCUGCAGCGGACACAGACGCAUUGCCAUCAGGGUUCGUAGGUACGCAUCUGGAACGCGCACCCGAAUCUUGGCAAACCUGCAACGCCUCCGACAUUCCACUGCAGAGAUUUGUGGAGCAUCAGCUGUCUAACGGUACGCCGCCUACAGCAGCUGCCUCAGCUCGAACGAUGUCACUGCAAAGCACGGCUCUGGCUGCGAGCGAAUCGAAUGGCGCGAAGCGCGACUCUGCGCUGAAGGCGCUGGACGACUUGGCCCCACAGAUCACUGACCGCUGCUACCUCGACAUUGAGAUCGAUGGCCAACCGGCUGGUCGAAUCGUUAUUGGAGUCUUUGGCGAGGUGGCGCCUGUGUCGAGUGCACAUUUCCUCGACUGCUGUAUCCACAGGUACACGAACACGUCAUUCUACCGCAUUGUGCCGGGACUGACGUUGCAAGCGGGUGACCCAGUGCCCCGAAGCGAACGAUGGUUACUAGAAGCUCCGCGCUUGCGCUUCGAUCGUGCAGGUCUGGUCGGUUUGGUCCGCAACGACCGCAACGAGGGCGACGGCAGGUUUUUCAUCACGACCGGUUCCGAUGCCGGGUAUCUGGACGGCAAAUACGUGCCUUUGGGGCAGGUUCUUGACGGUAUGGACACGAUUCGACGCAUCGAAGAGGUAGGAAGCAACCGCCCCCGCAAUACACCGAAGAAACCAGUACGCGUCGUGCGUGCUGGUCUGUUAACCGAGCGUUCUCUGCUGGCCCAGGACUCGCUUCGGAAUGCGACGUCUGCAGCGUCGACUCGGUAA